AUGGCACGGAGAUCGUUGGCCCCAGCCCUGUGGGCACUCUUUCUCGUUCUCACAACGGGACUUCUGUGGCUCGGUUUCGUUUGGCAGAAUCCGCCUCGAAGUGUGCAUUUGCUCCCGUCCAAUGUGGAUGGACAAGCCGUGCAAAGCCAGGGCUGCGACAAUGCCGCUGUGCAGGGCGACUACCUGCUGGGGGUUGGAAAGGCAGAUAUUACUGGACCGGUUGCCGAGAUCAACUUGAUGGGCUACGCUGACACGGAUCAAGUGGGCAGUGGUGUCCGCCAACGCAUCUAUUGUCGGGCGUUCAUCGUAGGAAGCCUUUCCAGGGGUUCCUCACGGGUCGUCUACCUUGUCCUUGAUACCCAGUCCGGUGACACUGCUGUCCGUCAUGGCAUCUUGCAGAGGCUUAAGGAGUUGGGCCCAGAAUAUGCAAUGUACAACAAGAACAAUGUCGCAGUUACUGGGACCCAUAGUCACAGCGGGCCUGGGGCUUGGUUGAACUACUUGCUGCCACAAAUCACAAGUCUGGGCUUCCACAAGGAAAGCUACGAGGCAAUCGUCAAUGGCUCUGUGUUAGCCAUCCAGCGGGCACAUAAAAGCCUUACACAGGGCUAUCUCAGAUUUGGGCAACACCCCGUUGAAGGUACGAACAUAAACAGAAGUCCGUACGCUUACCUCCAGAAUCCGAAGAAGGAACGAGACAAAUACGCCGAUGACGUCGACAAAAACAUGACACUGCUGAAGUUCGAGAGGGCGUCUGAUGGUCAAACCCUAGGAGCACUGUCCUGGUUUCCAGUCCAUGGGACAUCUCUCUAUCAAAACAACACCCUCAUCGCCGGCGACAACAAGGGCGUUGCAGCAUACCUGUUGGAAGAGUACAUGAAAGUCAGGAACCCAUCCUUCGUCGCAGGCUUCUCUCAAGCAAAUGUCGGAGAUACUUCUCCCAAUACCCUAGGUGCAUUCUGCGAAGACACAGGUCUCCCGUGUGCAUUCAAGGAUAGCACAUGCGGAGGUCGAACCCAACCCUGCCACGGACGUGGUCCGAUGUCACAGAUAGAUGAUCAGGGAACCAAGUCCUGCUUUGAGAUCGGAAAACGUCAAAUGGCUGCAGCCAAAACCCUCCUAGAUGACCACAACCUAGAACGGAUACCGGCAUCAACCGUAUCCUUUUUCCAUACCUAUGCCAACCUCUCCUCGUUCAGCUUCACCUCAUUCCUAAACCAGUCUCGGACUCUCAAGACCUGCUCUGCUGCAUUGGGAUUCGGCUUCGCAGGCGGCACCACCGAUGGGCCCGGCCGCUUCGACUUCGCCCAGGGCACAAACGACACCAACGACUCUCCCGCGUUGAAAAAUCCGCUUUGGAGGCUCGCAAGAGGCGCAAUCCAUCCACCGACAGACGCGCAGAUAGCAUGCCAACGUCCAAAACCCAUCCUCCUUGACGUCGGUGAAGCCGAUGAUCCCUAUGCUUGGACGCCGAACAUCGUUGACAUUCAACUUCUCCGGAUUGGAGAGUUGAUCAUGAUAAUUUCCCCGGGGGAAGCAACUACCAUGUCCGGCCGCCGCUGGAAAGAGGCCCUCGCGUCUGCGGCUCCCUCAAUCCUGAAUGUCUCUUCGCCGAGACUUGUCCUCGGCGGGCCCGCAAACACCUACGCCCACUACAUCGCUACCGAAGAAGAAUACUCUGUGCAACGCUACGAAGGAGCAUCCACACUCUACGGCCCCCACACGUUGGAAGCAUACAUCAACCUCACAAUCACAUACCUCCCGUAUCUGGGCUCUGACGAUGAAACCUCCGGCCUAGACCACCUUCCUGCCGGUCCUAACCCGCCCAUAAAUGUGAAUCGCUCGUUGUCAUUCAUUCGGCCCGUGGUCGUCGACCACGCCGGCAUACUGCGCAAGUUCGGGGAUACGCUCUCUUCGCCCGACCCCGUGAAAUUAUUCCGUUCUGGGGAUGUCGUCAGCGCGAAAUUCGUGGCUGCAAACCCGCGCAAUAAUUUCCGUCUCGAAGGUACAUUCGCUGCCGUGGAGAAAUUCGAUGAGGGUCUCAAGGAGUGGGUUCAAGUCCGCUCGGACAGGGACUGGUUUCUGGUGUAUCGGUGGAAACGCACAUCGACGCCGCUGGGGACGAGUGAGGUGACUUUGGAAUGGGAAAUUGAACCGGGCACUGAGACGGGGAUGUACAGGUUCAAGUACUUCGGCGACAAGAAGGCAUUGACCGGCCAAAUUACGGGUUUUGAGGGGACGAGCGGUGUGUUCCAUGUUGUCGGCGAUUUAGACGCCUCGAGAACCUCACCUUUGGACGAACUUGUUCGCUCUUGA